GGUUCUGACAUGCACACUGACCUUACAUUUACACUAGAGCUUGUGGAGGAGCUAGGCCGACUUAAAUUGGCGAAUGCGCUUGCAGAAGCAGUUGACAUUGAUAGACAGGCCCCAGUUCGUGGCGGGCAACGUGGUGGGUCUCGUGGGGGUGGACAUCGUGGAGGUGGUCAAGCUGGUCGCAGCCGUACGACCGAGUCGGCUCCCAUCUACGAGGAAGGGAAUGAGGAGGGUGUAGAAGAGGCAUGGCUUGGCACUGAUUGGGUACUGUCUGAUGACGACGGCAGGACACCGCGAUGCACGCCUGGCGAUGGUGCUGGGCCAUCCCAUAGCGUCGAUCAUCAGGGCACUGUUCCAGCCCACACUACAUCCCAUGGUGCUAGCACGGACUUUGAGGGCCCUCCUCGUAUGUCGCCCCCAGUUUUCAGUGGAUCUGCCCAUGAUGGUGGAUGCAUAUUUGUCCCCACACCAGGCAUGCCCACCCCACCUCUAGUGCAUGUGGACCCCACCAUGUCAGCUCCAUCUCAAACCGCCCACGGAGAGGCUGUACAGAUUGAGCAGAUACCGGCUGAGGACAUUGAGCCGGUGGAGGCUUUGCGGAGAUCGCGACGCCCGCGUGCGCAUGCUCCCGAUUGCGGGACCGGUGAUGGUAAGAUUAGACCUGUUAGGGCAUAUGGGCGGAAACGAAAAGAUCAUUAAAUGCCUUAGUACCUAACUGCAAUGGUGGACACGAAAAGGCCAUUGAGCUGGAUUGUCCUUGUGUGCUUAUUCUUCAUGUGUAUAGGUGACUGGAAUAAGCAUGCAAAAUGUUCUACUAAUUGGGGAGAAUCUUGGUGGCUGUGCAUCUAUUUCUGGAUCAUUGCUUGGGGAGAAUACUGGCUGUCAAUGUGUUUGUUGUCAAGAAAUUGAUAUUUUGGAGAAAACCCAUAAGGCGUAUUGUAUUUAUUGAUGUAUUAGGAAGUUUUUCUGCACUUGGAGUUUUGAUUGCAAUUUGACAAAUGUCUGGAUUGGUAUUCAUUUGAA